AUGACACUUUUUGCUUGCUGCUCUUCUCACAAUAUCAAGGAUCCAAUGAGUUCCUUCAUUAAUUCUUUCACACAUUUCCUUAUUCUUUCUUUCUUUUCUUUGAUCUCAGCUGUAUCCUGUGCAACUCAACUCCCUUCAUACACUGACCAUUGCUCUUCAGUUGUCCCACAGUAUGCUACAAAGAUAAAUACAAAUCCUUCAUUUCCACUGGGCCAUUUCCACACUGGUUACGGAGGUGGCACUGGAAUUUUCAGUCAUGUCUCCUCCAGUUUCUCAAAAUCUUUUGUCUUUCGCACCCGUAAUGCCUAUCAUACUGACAUUGAAGGUGUGCUCAAAGUCGAAGCAGAUUUUCUGUUCCCAAUGCCAUACAUUUAUAACUACGGCAGGAACUUCAAUAAUGGGCAAGCUCAGGAUAGUAGAAUGGGGAAAGACUUGGUAAGGCUCUCGCUAGAAGGGUACUGGUCAGAAUCUUCAGGUAAACUUUGUAUGGUAGGGUACAGUAGACUGAAAAUUGAUGAUUUUCUUGAUCUUAAGGCUGUUCUGAAGCUUGAAAGUGUGAAGAAGUCUAGUACCGUUACAAGUCUGAUUAGUGGAACUUUGGAGUGCUUGAAUUCUAAUGAUGAUUCUUAUUGCUUUGAAUCAAUAUCGAUCUUGAUGCUUCCUCAUAUGAACUAUGAGUAUACUUUAGUUUCUAAACAAUUUCAAGGUGGAGAUGAAGGUGAUUCUGACAAGAAAGUACCCUUCACUUCAUUCCCUGGACCUAGUUUCUGUAAUGAAGGUUGGUGGCCCCCCAAUGGAUUUUAUUUGAAUUAUGCAAGUAAUUGUGAUUCUGCAAACAGAUGCAGCCCUUUCGAUGAAGAUCUUCCUCCUGUUGUAUUCAUAAGUGGAUUUGGAUGCUUGGAAAAAGAAGGAAGAUUGCGAGUCUUGGUUGAAUUUUCUGAGCGCCGCUCCAAUGGUUUUUACCAGCCUUUUUAUCCCAACAGAACAUUUCUUGGGGAAGGAAUUUGGGAUGAGAGUGAACUGUAUAUUGUUGCUUGCCGAUUCUUGGAGGUUGCCGAGUCUUUGGCUAGUGCUCGCGUUGCAGAUUGUUCGAUAAGGUUGAGCUUGAGCUUUUCUGAUACAUUGUCAAUCAGACAGACAAAUAAUAUGGUGGGGAAAGUAUCAACCAACAGAACUCUCGAUGAUCCUGGUUACUUUGAUAACAUCAUUUUUCGGAGUUCGGAGAAUCGUAUAGUGGGUGUUCCUGGUUUGAAGUAUGAGUACACUGAAUCUGACAGAGUGAGGAAUUCAUGUACAAGAACACAACUGCUUAAAAAUAGCAAGAAGAGAUACCCAAAUGGGAAUUAUAUUCAUAUGAGAUUCGACAUGUCGAUUAGAAGUUCUGUAGGAAGAAUUGCAUUCGGUUAUGCAAUUCCAUUCUCUGUAGGUGACCAGUUUUACGAAAAACAUUUAGAUGAAGCAAAUUCUGCAGUUGAAGCAACGCUUAGCAGCAGUCCAAUUAAAAUGAGCUACAAGUUCAGAUUCACAAUGCUACCUGGCGUAAAACUUGGCGAAGGUCUUUCUCUAUUUACUACAGCUUCAAAAUUUGAUGAGGUAGAAGUUUCUGCUGAAGGGAUCUAUGAUAAAAAGUCAGGAGCCUUGUGUUUGGCAGGAUGUAGAGAUCUUGGAUUGGACAAUCAGACAGAAAACUUCGACUGUGAAAUCAUUCUGAAGUUUCAGUUGCCACCACUGGAAGAAGAAAACAAUGAGGGUAACAUUAAGGGAAGGAUUCAGAGCUCGCGGGAAAAGUCAGAUCCUCUUUACUUUGAAUCUUUGGAAACAUCUUCAGCUGAAUAUUCAACGGGUGAAGAAAAAAAGUUCAUCCGGAGGAUGGAUAUGGAGAUUGCAAUUUCUCUUAUAUCAAGCGCAUUGUCAUGUUUCUUUGUGGGCUUGCAGCGCUUGCACUCAAAAAGGCAUCCAGAAAUUCUUCCUUUGAUGUCACUUGUUAUGCUUUCAAUACUCACUUUGGGGCACCUAGUGCCUCUUGUGACAAGCUUCGGUUCAUUACUCUUGAACAAUGAUGAUCAGCAACAUCAUUUUCAUGGGACAGGCAGAUUUCUUGAAGCGAAUGAGAUGCUCAGAAACUUACUUAAAUUAGUAGCUUUCUUGUUCCAGUUUCAUCUUUUGCAGCUAACUUGGAUAGCAAGAAUUAACAGUGAAAGGUAUAAGUCCCUGUCGGUAGUUGAGAAGACUACUUUUCUUCUGUCUGUACCAAUUUAUGCUGUUGGCGCCUUACUUGCUUUGCUUAUGAAUUGGAGUAUUGAAAAGGGGAUUGAGUUACAAACUUAUGGAGGACUUAUCUUGGAUGGUUUUCUUUUGCCUCAAAUUCUGAUGAACAUUUUCAGGGACUCCAAGGAGAAUGUUCUUAGCUCUUCUUUCUACAUUGGUAUGACUUUCCUCCAAUUGCUGCCACAUGUUCAUACUCUUUAUGAAGCUUACACUUCUCUUCUCCAAAUUCCACCCUGGGAAGUCAUUACUGUAUUGGUAGACCUGGUUCUUGCAGCAGUUAUUUAUCUGCAGCAGCACCAUGUUGUUUCAGCAACUGCAAAUAAUAUUUCUGCUCAAAUUAGUGUUAUUCCUAUACUAAACGGUACAAACUUUAAGGUUUGGAAAGAGAAUGUGGAAAUCGUUCUCAAUUGUAUGGAUUUAGACCUUGCACUACGGACAGAGCAACCCACUUUAGCUAAAGAUACUUCAAAUGAGACUAAAGUUGAGAAAUGA